AUGGCAUUCUGGUGGCCGCUGAUCGUCCUGGGCGUGGCAUACCUGAUCUGCCGCUGCCUGCUGAUGCUCAUUCCACCCAACGUGCCCUCCAUUGACGUGGACGCUUCAGAUGGUAGAUCAUUGUCCCUCAUCUCCUCUCAUUUCAUCUUACUCUGAGCCUCUAUCUGUCGCUGAAUCGUGCGUGAUUCUUCUUUAUUGGGUUGGGAUCUUGUGGCAGUGAUGGAUGACGGGAGCCAGACGAAGGAGAAUAGCUACAUCUACGUACGUGUCUGCAGCGUUGCUGCUUUCUGACCUUUUUCCCAACGGUCCUACGAAUGAUAUUUUGCGAAUAAUUUUCACCGAGGACGUUGAUUUCGACAGCUGUGUAGCUGUUCAACGUUGCCGAUAUUUAUGUCAGCAUUUGGAUUCCCUUACACUAUUGUUUCGGUUUUGCGAGGUCUUCGCUGUCGAGUCAACAUUCUGACCACUUGUUCUGCAGCAGAGUUGCCUAGCUUGUCCUAGGAAUAUCACCCUGUUUAAAACUUUUUUAAAAGUUCCGUCUUCGCUGCCAACCUCUUGAAUGAAUGGUCUCGGUCCGUUGGUGGUUGUAUUGUAAAAUUCUUGUAACUUUUGAAUGGCAGAUUCCGAGGAAGGGUGGGGUUCCUCAAUCUGACAAAGUCCGAUGUUAUGAGCCUGCAACAAUGAAGUACCUGGGACAUUUUCCUGCUUUGACACCUGAUGAGGUUUGUGCUAAUAAUGUCGCAGUAUUCAUUUGUCGAGAGCACAUACGUCUAUUCACCUCGUUCUUUAAAAAUGUCACCUUAAUACAUGUCUGAAUGCCAUCUCGUCUCCAAUGAAAUUAAUUUUUCAGAGGUUUUUAAUAGUGCUGACUCGAUAUAUUCGAAGCCCAUUUUUAAUUGUCUGAUUACAUUUGCAACCUUUGGUUGGAGAUGUCAUUGUGUCCAUCUUUAGAUCGUGAAUGAUAGUGCAAUCAGAUAAUUUAUUCACUUUGCUCUUGGUAUUUGAUUUCUUCAUAUAUGUAUAUAUGCAAAUAUAAAUGACGAGUAAAUGAUUUGAAAAUAAUACUCUAUGAGCGAUCUACUUGCCAAUUCAUAAACUUUCGUGUCCUUUUCUAACUUUGCUGUUGCCGAUUUCCCGUCCCUGACUUUAUUUCCAUCGUUCUCGCAUUUGUUUUUCAUUUCUUUCUUUCUUUUCGCAUAAGCAUGCUACUUUUUGGCAUUUAUGGAUGUGAGAGGGAGUAUAGUAAGGCUUUCUUCAUUUUACUUCCAUGGAUUCAUCCUUUUUCAGGUGUAAAACUUCUAUUGUACAGUUGGAAAUUGGGUAAAACUAAUCUCCAAUAAAAGUUUCUGAUCUGCGGUGCUACAAUUCACUGUGAAUAUGAUGAAUUCUUGAAAAAGAUUAGUUAUUUCUUAAUCAAGUUAUCAUCUUGAGGAGCGGAACCAAUAUUACCUGGUAUUAUGUUUGGGAUUUAAAUUUUCUCUAAAAUUACUGUUCUGAGACUGCAACCUGCAAGCUGAUGCAAUUGGAUUGCAAUUUUCUGACCAUCCCCUUUUUCUCUCUUCAACACCAACCUGUUAUCUCUCAAUAGAAAUGUUAAAACUGUCUGAAUUGUUGCGUCCACAUUUAUUAUAUAAUUCCUAAGUUGUAUUCAAAACUAAAUAUAUCUCAGGUGAAGGAACAUGUGGAACAAGCACGAAAGGCCCAGAAAAUUUGGGGGAAGAGUACCUUCAGACAAAGGCGACAAUUCUUGCGUAUACUUUUGAAAUAUAUUAUUGAACAUCAAGAGCUUAUAUGCGAGUAAGGAUUCGCUCUGUUUGUAUAAUAUUUUAGUUGCAGUUAGAUGUUUAGUUUCUUUCUUUCAUCUUUGUGGAAAAUUACCUUAAUUUUCCAGAUUGAGUUCAACUUUUAUUGCUUUUAGGCAUUGUUAUCGAGAAUCAUGGACAGCUUCUGAUCUUGCCUUGCGAUAACUUCCUUUUAAAUAUUCUUUUUGAUUAAAUCAUAUACUUUCUUAAGAUGCAGAUCAGUGCCAUUCCAUGUUGGAAGCUUUUGUUACGAAAAUUGUCAUACAUCUUGUUGACUUUGCCCAAUUUCAUUAAUGAUUUUUUUCAAUGACCUAGAGGAACAAACACUCUUCAUUUUUUACCUCCUGCGUGGGAAGACAUUGACAAACUUUUUCCUUCCAUCCUGCAUCUGAUCGAACACUGGAUCCUAUUUCUAAUCUCGCUUUAUCUUUUGUGUUGCUCAUCCCAUUACUAAAGAACAGGUGCCAGCUUUCCCUUGCUCUUAUUCACUGGUGUUCACAUCUGUAGGAAAAGAUUUUUUUGAAUAGCAUGGUAUCCUUCUUUUCUUACAGAAGGAUUGUUCACUCUAAAGGAAAGGUAAUAUUAGGAUUGUUCCUCUAUUCUUCUUCCAUAGGAGGAGAAUCUGUAUGUGAAACUACAUAUCAGAAACUUUUGCUUAAGUAAAUGGCCAACUUUAUGCAUCUACAAGCCAAAUGGUAGUGGAACCCUCGGAUGACAAUAAAUGCUCAAAAGAUCUCAGUUAUUCCAGAAAUUAUCUAGCUUCAUCAUUUUCAACAUGGAAAAAGCGGAACAACUCAUGAUAGUCUAGUAAUUUAAGAGCUGUUUCUGUCAGUUUUUAAUCUUGAUAUCUUGAAUUUCAUACUUUAGGGUCUCCUCUAGAGAUACUGGGAAGACAAUGAUUGAUGCUUCUCUGGGAGAGAUAAUGACAACAUGUGAGAAGAUUACCUGGCUUCUAGCAAAGGGUGAGCGGUGGUUAAAGCCUGAAUACAGGUUUGCUUUAAAUUUGGCUUCUCAAUGUUACCCUAGUUUAUGCUUGCCAUAUACUAUUCCCCUUUUCUCAAAACCGUUGUAAGAUGAUAAUCUAGAAGUUUCUUCUUCUCUUGUGGUGUUUUUUCUUGGGUUUGUUGUCACAUCUCUGGUAUAUUUUCGUUGAUAAAGUGAUUUGCCAAAAAUAAUGUCCAAUUUAUCAUAAAGAAACUGCUUAGAUUCGCUCAUGCAUUAAUUGGAAUAUUUCAGUAACUAUAUGACUGUGAUAGAAUAAAAAGUGGUGCUUUCCUUAUUGUUCAGUCGAAGAAUUUCUGCUGAUAGUUUGUGAAGAGAAGAUUAUAUUAAUUUUCUGCGAAUUUGAGAUGUUAAACUUUUAUCUUGAUCUACUAUGAACACCUUUAUGGCAGUGGAUACCCUUGAAUGAAAGAAAAUGUUUGAUGUCUUUAUCUGUCCUGACUAGUUAGAUAUUCUAGUUAUAUGUGGAUCAAUGGCUGUUUUAUCUCAUGUAAUCUACGAUUUCAGAUGUACAGGUAGAUCAAUGCUGCACAAGAGAGCUAGGGUGGAGUUUUAUCCGCUUGGUGUCAUUGGAGCAAUUGUCUCUUGGAAUUAUCCAUUUCACAAUAUUUUAAAUCCCAUACUAGCUGCUGUAUUCUCAGGGAAUGGAGUGGUGAUUAAGGUAUCUAAGCUGUUUCAUUGAUAUGCUAUGGGCGACUAGAGUUCCCUAGCUUCGUACAUAUGUUGACGUGAAAGGAAAUAUACUCGAGGGGGGUGUUUUAAACUCGAAUGAGAAAACUAUGUUUAGUGGCUUUUUUAGUAUAAACCGUUGUGAGCCUUGAUAUCAUCCACGACUUCCAUGUUCUCAACGGAUUUUAUUUCGUUAAGACUUAGGAAUAACACCCAUGAGUCAGGGAUGGCCACCUCCAUUCAAGGGGGGGGGGGAGGAGGACUUUUGUUUUACUUUGAAGAUCAGUUUAUCUUUUAAACCAUUUCAUUACACAUGCCCUUUUUUUAUUAUCAUUUUUUUAAAUUGUUGUGUUUGUGCAGGUUUCAGAGCAUGCUAGCUGGUCUGGUUGUUUCUACCUGCGUAUCAUUCGAACUGCCCUUGCUGCUGUAGGAGCUCCAGAUAAUUUGGUCCACGUGAUAACAGGGUAACUAUUGCAUUUGGCUCUUUAAUUAUUGCUAGGUCCAUCAGCUAAAAUUCAAUUUUUUUUGACUGUUUAUUUCUAGUUUCCUAAAUGAAGAGUAUACUUUUUUUGUUUUGUAACUGUAUAAUUUUUCUUUAUUAGAUUUGCUGAAACUGGACAAGCCCUUGUCUCUUCAGUUGACAAAGUCAUAUUUGUUGGAUCACCUGGUGUUGGCAAGAUGGUAAGUUCCUCUUGGGUCAUACAGAUGACUAAAUCUCUCUGAUUAAGCAUUCAUCAUGAGGCCUUCAACGAACCUUUUACAUUUAUGUUCUUUGAUGAUGAUUUUCUCUUGAAUCAUUUAGAAUGUAAAACUUGACCAAGGCCGGUUGAUUUCAUUUUCGCCUUUUAGUAAUUUCUAUCGAUCCUUGUUGACCAUGAUUUUAUGUUUACCAGUGUGAAGUGUAUACUUUCCCAUUUUUUACAGCUUUUCAUGGGUUUGAUAAAGAUGGGAGUAAAUAUCCAGAACUCAUCUUCUCUUCUUGGGAAUCAACCUAGCGUUCUGAUCACUGAAUAAGUUAACGAGUUUCUCUUAUUAUUACGUUGAUCUCAUUCUUGCCAUUUUUUGCUGCAGAUAAUGAGGAAUGCUGCAGAGACACUGGUUCCUGUUACGCUUGAGCUUGGUGGAAAAGAUGCAUUCAUUGUGUGUGAAGAUGUUGAUGUUUCUCAUGUAUGUAUCUCCUGGCUUUUCUCUCUUUAUGUGUUCAAAUUAAUGCGUUGUUCCUGUUUCUCGGAACUAAGCAGAAAAUUUACCCUUAGGAUGCAUGUGUCAGUAUCUGAGAAAACAAUUUCCAUGUCCAGGUUGCCAACAUUGCUGUUAGGGCUGCUCUUCAAUCCAGCGGGCAAAACUGUGCUGGUGCUGAGAGAUUUUAUGUUCACAAGGAUAUUUACUCUGCUUUCCUUGCUCAGAUAGUAAAAAUCGUGAAGUCUAUUUCUGUUGUGAGUGAUAUCCUGACUUAUUCUACUACCGUCCCCAAAUUAAGUUACUGUACAGUAAAUAUGCUAUACAUUAUCAUGUAUGGAUUUUUGUGUAAAGAAUAAUGAGCUGGAAGUGAUAAAAAAAAUUGGGCUCAACAUGGCCCAUAUGGUGCGUGGAUUUGGUCUUCUUUCUGAUGCUAGAAUGCAUUUUUGCCUUUUCAACAGUCCAGUUCCAAAUAAAGAUUAGAAAAGGACUGACAAUCUGCAAUGAACAAUAUCGUUGUCUCUGUCAUCUCAUCAGCACAUAAUAUUUUGCGUCACCGUUGAAUCUUGUGGUGCUCAAAGUUUCAUGUUCUUUGUCCGCUGGACACAGUUUUCUAUUGUUUCCAAAAACACCAUACAUAAUCCUGAAUCCCAACAAGUAUGAUGCCCUAGCGAUUUAGGCGCAAAUAUUAAGCUUGGCGUAAAAGUUGCCUGUACUUCAACUGGCUUGUUUAAGGCAGAGAAGACCUACUUUAUUUAUAUCGUCUAGUGACAUGCUCAUUUACCUAUGAAAAUUGAUUUCAAAAGACAUUCCGAAUUAGUGUAAUUGCUGAAUAAAUAUGUUUAAUUCUGCUAUCGUCAAUGAGUCUUUAGGUUCCACUCCAACUGUUCUUGUGCAUAUAUUUUUAACCUUUGCUCUAAUUCUUUUUUUUUGUUCUUGUUCCAUUCCCUCUCUUUUGCUAUCUCAAGCAAUGAUGGACAACUUUACUUUCUCAUACGUUAAAAAAAUGUCAUCUUUCGAUUAGGGCCCGCCACUGGCUGGGAAGUAUGACAUGGGAGCUAUAUGUAUGCAAGGGCAUGCGGAAAAACUGCAAAGCCUUGUAAAUGAUGCUCUAGACAAAGGUGCCAAAAUUGCUGUCAGAGGAAGUUUUGGCAACCUGGGAGAAGACGCAGUCGAUCAGUUCUUCCCACCCACAGUUCUCACGGAAGUUAAUCACACCAUGAGAAUAAUGCAAGAAGAGGUGCCUCUCCGAGUUUGGCAAGCCUCUUUUCAUUCCCUGAUGUAAUCCCAGUUAUAUUGAUCUUUUUUCUGUUGUUGAAAUAUGAUAACACUGCAGGCUUUUGGACCAAUCCUUCCAAUAAUGAAGUUUAGCUCCGAUGAAGAAGCUGUCAAUCUUGCAAAUGACUCAAACUAUGGACUUGGCUGCGCUGUUUUUUCUGGCAACCAGAGGCGUGCAAGGGAGAUUGCUUCUCAGUUGCACUGUGGGGUCGCUGCAAUCAAUGAUUUUGCAUCAACUUACAUGUGUCAGGUACGCUAUAUGCUACCGUUAUUUGCUAACGUUCUUACUUAUAAAGUAGCAUUUUACAUCCAGGAUGGGAGUAUUAAUACAUAUAUGUCAUGUUUUGGUUUCAAACUAUUUAUCUUUUUAUUCCUUGACAAGAAGCUUUUGUUGAAAUGGAAACUUUACGACGUCCAGCUGGUAAAUGCUAACUACUUGAAGUAUCGUGCUCAUGAUUAACUUUCUUCCAGGAAUGGAGAUAUUUUAUAGAUUUAUGUGCGAUCAUACAAAAUAAUGGCGAACCAGAAAACAAAAAAACAAAUCUUCCAUAGAGAGCAGCUUGUGGAUUCAUAAAAGUUUCACUUGUGAUUCUCCUUUGUCUACACUCUUAACCAGUUGAUUAGGCUGAUUUCAAGCUUAGUUAAAGCUUCAAUACUGCCUCAUAGAAGCCUUCUUAUUUCUGUUGCACCACGAUCCGUGCCUAAGCUUCAAACUUCCUUUGUGCAGUCUCUACCAUUUGGUGGUGUGAAACACAGUGGGUUUGGAAGAUUUGCGGGUGUAGAAGGACUUCGAGCCUGCUGCCUGGUGAAGUCCGUGGUUGAGGAUAGGUGGUGGCCAUUCGUCAAAACUAUCAUACCACCACCUCUGAGGGUACGCCGAUCAGAGUCUGAGAUUCUAUUAAACCCAUUAUGCUGAUCGUUUAGCACAAAUCUUCUCUUCUACUUCUCACUAUUCCUCUUCUCUGCAGUACCCGGUUGCAGACAAUGCCUUCCAGUUCCAAGAAUCUCUGGUUGAGGCUCUCUAUGGCUUGAACAUAUGGGACCGGCUGCAUGCUGUGAUCAACGUGGUAAAGUUCCUUUCCGACUCAAAUUCCGCAAACGCGAGGAACAUGCGGAGACAUCGGUACCGGACAUCUUGA